AUGCUUUUCCCAAUCCCCAAUCAACCCACACUAGGCUACAACUCUGUCUUCAAGAAAGACCUGUUCAAGGACGAAGUUAUCCUUGUGACCGGAGGAGGCACCGGUAUUGGUCGUUGCAUUGCACACGAGUUGGCAAGUCUCGGCGCCACUGUCGUGAUUGCUGCCAGAAAGAAGGACCAAUUGACCGCUGUUGCCGAGGAGAUCCACAAACUCGGCGGCAAGUGCGAUACCAUGCAGAUCAAUAUCCGUGACCCUGUCAAGGCACUGGAGAUGAUCGAAGCCAUUGUUGCCAAGCACGGCAAGUUGACCUGCCUCGUUAACAAUGCCGGUGGACAGUUCAUGUCGCCUGCUAGCAUGUUGAGUUCCAAAGGAUUCUCUACUGUCGUCGACUUGAACCUCAACGGGACUUUCAACAUGUGCAAGGCUGCCUUUGACGGAUACAUGGGCGAGCACGGUGGGCGGAUCGUCAACAUUGUCGCCGAGUGCCGCAACGGCUUCCCUAGAAUGGUUCACACCGGUGCUGCUCGUGCGGGUAUUAUUAACAUGACCAAGACAUUGGCAGUGGAAUGGGGACCAUUCAACGGAAUCCGUAUCAACUGUGUGGCACCUGGAACCAUCGUCAGUUCAGGAAUGAAGAACUACCCCGAGAAUGUCAUCGACAUGAUCGCCGCCAACGACUGGAUGAGCCCCACCGGACGUUUUGGUACCGAGUCGGAGAUUGCCGCCAGUGUGGUCUUCUUGCUCUCACCCGCUGCCGCUUACAUCAACGGUGUCAACUUGGCUGUUGAUGGAGGUAGCUCCCUUAGCAAGGGCUUCCCUGAGGGACACGAGCUUGCCUUCAACCCUGAUGGCAGCUUGAUGCCUGCCUAUGUUGGUUGGCCCGAGGGCAAGGACAAUGUUCACAACCUCAAGCAUGUUGAUGCUCCCGUCAAGGUCAACGAGCUCUUGGACAAGUACAAGAAGAGCAAGCUGUAA